AUGGUGGAAGAUUAUCAUGCGGAAGACCAAACCAUCACUCUUACAAAAGAAUUCAAGAAGAUGAAGCCACCAAUAUUUAAAGGGGGAAUUGAUCCAAUGAAAGCAGAAGCAUGGGUACUGUAUGUAGAAAAGUUAUUUGAGGUGUUUCCAUGCACCGAAGCUCAAAAGGUACAACUGGCUGCUUUCACUCUCGAAGACGAAGCCUGUACGUGGUGGAUGCUUACAAUAGUUGAACAUCAAGGGUUGACUUGGACCCGAUUUCUGGAACUCUUUUAUGAUAAGUAUUUUCCGCAGUGUAUGCGGGAUAAAAAGGUGACUGAGUUUGAAACUUUGAGACAAGGGAAUAAGACUAUUGCGGAGUAUGAAGCUCAAUUCGUGGAACUAGCUUGGUUUGCACCUCAUAUGAUGGAUACGGAUCAUAAGAAGGCGAGGAAAUUUGAAGGGGAGAGGGCCAUCAUGGCAGAGGGAAAUAUUGCUGCUCAGAAUCAGAUUUUCGAGUGGAAGGGGAAGAGACAGAAUACUCGAGCAUCAAAGGGGCCAACGACUCCACCAAGCAAGAAACUGAAUUCAGGAACCUCUAGUGCUUCCACUCCUACUUGA